GCGUCGCGGAUGCUAGUAAGUUCAGAAGCUGAGAGCGAGCACGACGAGAAGGACGUAAACAGAGGACGAAAAGGCUCACAGAGAACAGAGCGAGAACGCAGCACAGCUUUGAACGCAUGUGUGUGCCUGUCGCUCCAUCUGGGUGCCAUCUGUGUCCUCUCAUUGGCGGGAAUGCAAACACACGCGUGACACAUGCGGAUAAGAGCGACGAAGAAGACGCCACAAGUGCAGCUUUUUGACUUUCUCUACAGGACUUUGGACGCGUGGACUCUACUAGAGAGGAGACAGUGUAGAGAAGAAGAGCCCUGCCAUGCCCGGUUCUCCUGUGGAUGCUAAGACUCAUUCCAGAUCAGCUCCCAAUAGCAGCAGCAGUGCCGCCAUCAUCAUGCCACCCCUGCCGUCCAUCAACCCCAGCGCCCCGCGCCUGGCUUCCUUCUCCACAACAGCACUGACCAAUGGGAACCACCAUUCGCCACCAACGCUCAAUGCGGUGCCUUCGCCGCCGCAGCGCUACAGCAACGGACCCUCUUCGUCGUCAUCGUCGUCGCUGUCUAACCAGCAGUUGCCGGCCACGUGCGGCGCGCGGCAGCUGAGUAAGCUCAAGCGAUUCCUGACCACGCUGCAGCAGUUCGGCAACGACAUCUCACCAGAAAUUGGCGACAGCGUUCGCAACUUAGUGCUGGCUUUAGUAAAUUCAACAGUGACCAUCGAGGAGUUUCACUCACGGCUUCAGGAGGCCACCAAUUUCCCCUUGAGGCCGUUUGUUAUUCCUUUUCUCAAGGCGAACCUUCCCCUUCUACAGAGGGAGCUGCUCCAUUGCGCACGUGCAGCCAAGCAGACUCCAGCACAGUAUCUGUCCCAGCAUGAGCACCUCCUGCUGAGCACAACCAUGGCUUCCUCUCCAGACUCUUCUGAGCUCCUCAUGGAGCCCUCAGACGCCGCCGUCAAGAGGCCCAGCCCUAGCAGGGUCAAGGAAAAUGGCUUCCACGAACGUCCCCCCGUAGCCAUGGAGCCCGCAGCCAAGCGCAUUUGCACCAUCAGCCCGGCUCCCCGCCACAGCCCGGCGCACCCAUUGCCGCUCAACGCCCAGCUGCACCCGACGCCGCCACCCCUGCAGCACUACGCCCUGGACGACAUCGCCGCGCCACACAUCCUGCACCGAGAGCACAGCCAGCGCAUGUUAGACAUACGAGAACUCAAAGACAGACCAAGAUUGCCAGGCACGAAUGGGGGUUACCGUGAGGAGCCUGUUGACCACAAGUUGACGGACCGCGAGUGGGCUGAUGAGUGGAGGCAUCUGGACCACGUGCUGAACUCUAUCGUGGACAUGGUGGAAAAGACGCGGCGGUCAGUGAGCGUCCUGCGGCGGUGCCAAGAGUCAGACCGUGAGGAGCUCAACUACUGGAGGCGGCGCUCUAGUGAGCAGGAGGAUGCUCGCAAAGGACCAGUGCCCUUCUCCAAAACACACAGUCCCCACUCUGCAGAGUCAGAAUGUCAGCGUGACUUUGCCCCACGACCCGGCUCAGCGUACGUCACAGAUGAGAUCUGGAGAAAAGCAGAGGAGGCAGUAAACGAGGUAAAGAGGCAAGCCAUGGACGAAGUGCAGAAGGCGGUUGCCGAGGCUGAGCAGAAGGCUUUCGAGAUGAUUGCAGCCGAGCGGGCCAAGAUGGAAAAGACGCUGGCCGAUGCUAAGAGGAAGGCUCAGGAAGACGCUAUCAUGGUUAUCAAUGAGCAAGAGGAUUCCAGCGAGUGUUGCUGGAACUGCGGUCGCAAAGCUAGCGAGACGUGCAGUGGCUGCAACGCAGCGCGCUACUGUGGCUCCUUCUGCCAGCACAAAGACUGGGAGCGGCACCACCUCAUCUGCAGCCCCGGACUUCAGACUCAACCCAAACCCAUUUCUACAAUCUCUGCACCCAGGGUGGCAGCCACUUCUGCCGUGGUGUCCCCGGUGGGGCCCGUGACCCCCGAUGUCACUGCCACGGCGUCCAGUCCAGGCGGGGAGAAGGUUCCGGUGGCAUCUCGCUCAUCUACUCCUUCUACUCCAGUGUCGGCGCCCGAGACCAAUGGACAUUAGGAGGAGGAGGAAAUUUGGCUGAACUUUUUUGGAGGGUCAUUCCAGAACAUCAGAUGUUUCAUCAUCAACAGAUUAUGUGGGAAUCACCUCAGACCAACAGACCCUCAGAUAAAAACUUGUUUAUAGUCAACCGCACCCUCCCAAAAAACUUGACCCAUUUCCGGUGGCAGGGUGAAAAUUACUAUAAAAUGAGAGAUUAAAAAUAAUGUACACUUUCCUCAGAAACAACUUUCCACUUUUUUGUGUACAUCUUUACAACAGUAAGGAGGAGAAAGAAGAGAAGGCGGGUUACGUGUAAUAAAUCCAGCCAUAAAGCAGAUUUCCUAGUGUAGAUAUUAUGAAAAAUGAUACCAGAUUGUGUGAAUGUGUCAAACAUUUUUUUUUUUUUUCUUUGCAAAGCAAUAUAAUAAUUGAAGGAGUUCAGGUAUCAAACUGUUUCUGCGUCACCAAAGUUACUUUUAACAAGAAGCUCAGGACAACAGACAUGAGGAUGUUCCACCAAAGCGAUACAUAAACAGUGGCUUCAUAAACAAUUGGAGGUUGCCCAGAAGUAGCCUUAUUUUGUCAACACUGCACUGUACCGCUUUGGUGGAAAACAGGAUUUAAUAUGAUGAUUAUGUUUUCUGAGACCAUUUUGGCAGUGAGCAGUGUCGUCGUUGUAGUAAAUUGGCCAAAAGGCCUAUUUGUGACUCCUCCCAAACAAAUGCAUCUCAGGAGAUAAACCACCCCAGCUUCAAGUCCAAUGUUUUACGAGCUACUAUCACCACACACACACGUUCCAAGCUCAUUCGAUGUAAGAGAAAGUUUGUAAAAAUAAUAUCGCUGUUAUUUUGUUCUGUUUAAUUCCCCUGUUUGUCCUUUAAACAUUUGGUACAAGUCAUAAGACAAAUGUUAUCUUGAUGUACAGUACGAAAUAAAGAAAUAGAGUUACUGAAGAUGCUUAGUUGUUGAGUUUGUCUACUAAUUCACCUACAUGAUGUACCAUUCCUUUCAUUUUUACACCUAUAAUCAGGGGAUGCACAUAAUUUUUUUGCCCAGGUUCUCAGAGGAGGACCUGGAGAUGCGACUUGGUCCUCAUUGAGCUUGAGAGCCGACCCGCCUGAUGCGAUAAAAUUAUGACAAGCUUUACUUGGAGCCAAUUACCUUAAAUUAAUUUUAUUAACAAUUAACACUUGAUUAACAUCAACUGGCACAACAAAAUUGCCAUUACUCUGAAGUGAAAUGUAAAGACAUAUACAGGGGUACCGCAUAUUUUUUUUGCCUCCCACAUUAACUCCA